UAGAAAUAAACAGAAAUAGAAAAAACGUCAAUUUCAUAAAUACAUUGAAAUGAGUGUAGUUUGUUUUCCUCAAACACCAUAAUUUAUAAAUUUUAAAUGUUAAAGGAUUUAAAAUAUAUUAGUUGCGAAAAUACAUUAAGUUACCAUGGUAUGGUGUUGAUGUGGUGCAACAAUAUGGAGCGAUAAGAAUUUGUUUAUUAUUCAUAAAUGAAAUAUGAAUUAAUUUCAUCAAAGAUUUCUGUCAGCAUAAAUUUAACAUUGAUGGAAUUAUUUUAAAUAAGAAAUCUAUUGCCAAAUUUUUAGCUGAAUUUUAAAUUUUUUUUUAUAACAAGGUAGCUACAAAUAACUCGAAUAUAACUAGUGCAAAUAUUUCCUGUGUAUCAAUGAUACGUUAACUUUUUUUUAAACUUACUUUUCAUUGUGAUGAUUUUAAAUGGAUUAAUGGCAUCGCGCAUGAAAUGCUAUGUUUUCAAAGCUGUGAUUUUUAUUGGCAUAGUUUUAUUAGUAUUUUUUAAUUUGUUCAAUAAAGAACAAGAAGUCAAGUUAGAUUAUUUUGCAUUUUCUCAUUCAAAACUUUUAAGACUCAGUUCAAUACAUGAAGAAAAGAAGUCAGAAGAUAAUUCAUCUGAAAAUAUAUAUACAUUGAUUUAUGGAAAUAAUUCGAAUAUAGAAGGUAUUACAUUUAAUACACACAAUAGUUCUUUACAUUCCAAUCAUGCUUUAUUAAUUGAAAGUUCUGAUUUUAAACGAACAUUUUAUGAAGUAGCUAAUAGUAACGAAACAGAAAAUUUAUACAAUAAUAGUAAAACAAUUGGCAAUAUUACUCUUUGUCCAAUGUUACCACCGGAUUUAAAUGGUCCAUAUGAAGUAGAUACAAAGUAUGAGGCAACUGAAGUUGUUGAAAAACGAUUCAAACAUAUAUUCCAACCUGGUGGUUUUUUUACACCGAAACACUGUGCACCGCGUUUUCAUGUGGCAAUAAUUGUACCAUUUCGUGAUCGUUAUACUCAUUUACCAAUAUUUUUAAAAAAUAUUCAUCCCUUUCUAAUGAAACAAUUAAUUUCGUAUGAAAUUUUUAUAGUAGAGCAAACAAAUGGAAAACCAUUUAACCGGGCAUCUUUAAUGAAUGUUGGAUUUGUAGAAGCUUUAAAAUUUUAUAAUUGGGAUUGUUUUAUAUUUCACGAUGUCGAUUUAUUGCCGCUGGAUGAUAGAAACUUAUAUACAUGUCCAGAUCAACCACGUCACAUGUCAGUGGGAGUCGAUAUUUUUGGAUAUAAAUUACCGUACAAUACAAUUUUUGGUGGUGUUUCAUCUCUUACAACAAAACAAUUUCAAGCUGUAAAUGGUUUUUCAAAUUCAUUUUGGGGAUGGGGCGGUGAAGAUGAUGAUAUGUCAAAUCGUUUAAAGCAUGCAAAAUUUCAUAUAUCGCGGUAUCCAAUAAACAUUGCCAGAUAUACAAUGCUAAAUCAUAAAAAAGAAAAAGCGAAUCCAAAACGGUUUGAAAAUUUAGCUUACGGUGCUCGAAAAUUCAAAACAGACGGUUUAAAUUCAUUGAAAUAUGAAAUUUAUACAAUAAAAAAAUUACCACUUUACACUUGGUUAUUUGUGGACUUACAAAUGCAAGAGUAGAUGCCAAUACUAUUUAUUAUUAUUAAAUUUUUUUUAAAAAUUAUUUUUAAUAUUUAAAAAAAAAUUAAAUAUUCUUUUAUAUAACAUAUAGAAAAAUUGUAGCUAAAUAAAUAUAACAAUUGUAAAUUGUUUUUCAAAUAAUACUUAUGUUAAAUAUUUUUUAAAUAAAAAUUUUAAAUGUUAAUUCUAAUAAUAAAAUCAAUAAAUAAAGCAAGUCUGAGUUCAAAAA